AUGGCACCCCUUCCGACCCGCAAGAUUGGAGAUGACGACGUUACCGCUGUAGGCUAUGGCGCCAUGGGUAUCUCCGCCUUCUAUGGCAAGAUCCUUCCCGACGAGGAACGCUUCAAGGUUCUUGACGCCGUAUACGACGGCGGCUGCACAUUCUGGGACACCGCUGACAGGUACCUCGACAGCGAGGACCUCAUCGGACAAUGGUUCAAGCGCACCGGAAAGCGCGACAAGAUCUUCCUUGCGACUAAGUUCGGCAUCGUCUCCGGUCCGAGGACUAUCGACGGCACGCCCGAGUAUGCUGUAAAGGCACUCGACGCAUCCUUGAAGAGGCUCGGCACGGACCACGUCGAGCUCUGGUAUCUCCACAGAGCUGAUCCCCUAGUGCCGAUUGAGCUGACUGUCGGUGCCAUGGCUGAGCAGGUCAAGGCUGGCAAGGUCAAGUACAUCGGCCUGUCCGAAGUCUCCGAACAGACCCUCCGGCGCGCGCACGCCGUGCACCCCAUCUCAGCGCUGCAAGUCGAGUACUCGCCCUUCACGCUUGACAUCGAAGACCCCAAGAUUGGUCUGCUCAAGGCGGCGCGCGAGCUCGGUAUCAAGAUCAUCGCAUACUCGCCGCUCGGACGCGGUCUCAUCACUGGCAAAUACAAAGGGCCGGAGGACUUUGAGGAGGGCGACUUCCGGCGGAUCGUGCCACGCUACUCGAAAGAGAACUUCCCGAACAUCUUGAAGAUCGCGGAUGGGCUCAAGAGGAUCGGCGAGAAGCACAAUGCUACUGCAGGGCAGGUCGCGCUUGCGUGGUUGCUUGCACAGGGCGACGACGUCAUUCCUAUCCCGGGAACCACAAAGCUUCCCAACUUGAAAGAGAACCUGGACUCGCUGAAGGUGACCCUCUCGCCCGAGGAGGUAGAGGAGAUCCGGCAAUUUGCGAAGGCGGCAGACGCGGCGAAUGGCCCACGCUACCCUGGACACUUGGAGGGGUUCCUCUUCGUGGACACACCGCCGUUGGAAAAGUGA